AUGAUAUCCUUAAUUAAUUUCAAUCCUGCUGACAGAAAUUGCAUAAUAGACAGUCCUCGCUCAAAUUAAGUUAUGAGGCAAAGAGGGAUUGCUCAAAAUGAGUUACUGUGUGUUAAUAAAGAUUAACUUUCGGCUAUGAUGAAAAAAGAGAAAUCAUUAACAAAUGAGAAUUUGGAUGAUUUCCAUAAACACUUUGAAUAUCGUAGACAAUAAAAAGUCUAUGCAUUAAUAAGGGAUAGGGAGGCUUUAAUUGAAAAGGAAAAAAGAAAUAAGAUCGAAUAAAGUACAUGCAGUUUGAAACUGCUUCGACCAGCAAGUAGCACUACUACAUCUAAAUUUAUGGAUCAAGUAUAGAAGAGAAAAUAGAUGGAGGAGCUAAGAUAAAGACAUUUAUAGGAGAUGAUGUUGAAGAGAGAAGAGUAGACUUAAAUAAGAGAAGAGAAGAUGUAGUUAUAUGAGGAAAAGAGAAAAAGGAUGUAAGAGGAGAGGUAAAAAGAGUUUUAAGAGAAAUAAGAAAAUAUUGCAAAACAAAAAAGAUAAAAAGAAUUGGAUGAAUAAAGAAAAAAUAGAUAAUAAUAGUAAGUCUAUUUUGAAAGAGAAUAAGAAAGAAAAAUGCAAUUAGAGUUUGAAGAGCAGCAAAGAAGAGAACAAGCUGCUAUGAGAGAGUAAUAACAAAGGGAACUAAAGUAAUAGUUAGAAAGAGAAAAAAGAAUGAAAGGAAAGUAGAAAGAAUAAGAAUAUUAAAUUAGAAAACAAGAAGAAGAGGAAUAAGAAAUUAAAAGAUAAAUGUUCUUUAGGCAAUAGCAAGAAUCAAAAAAAGAAAUUGCUUAAAAAAGGGCUUAAUCAGCCAAAGAAAGGCAAAGAGAAGCUAAAAGAAGUCAAAUUGAAGGUUUGAAUAAACUAAGAGAGGAUUUUUAAAAAAAAGAAGAAAAAAUUGCAGAAAAACAAUACAAAUUUUAAGAAUUAUAAAAAGAAAGAUAAUUAUCAAUUGAAGAGAAAAACAGAAUUAAAAAUGAAAAAAUUAAGCAUACAGCUAAAGUAAAGUUACAUGAAUAAGAAGAAGUAAGGAGAGAAUUUAUGGAAAAGGAGAUGGAUAUCUAAUUAAGAUUGCAAUAGAGAAGUCAAUCAAAAUCUAAGGAGUAGUUCAUGUUGGAAGAAGCAGAAAGAAGAGCUAAACAUAGAGAGAAAGUCAAGAAAAUGAAUAUGUUAUAAUUGGAGGAAAAAAGAAACAUAUAUUUAAGAAAAAUUUAAGAACAAGAUGAAAAAAUUGAAAAAGUAAAGAAUGAAUAGGAAACUAUGUAGUAAUAGCAAGCAUAUAUGAAACUAAAGAAAAAAAUUGAUUAAUAAGAGGCUAUAAAACAUUAAAAAUAAUUAGAAGAAUAUAAAAGAGAGCAAAUUAGAGAAAAGCUGAGAUAGGUUGAUCUGAGAAUGGAAUAAAAGUAGGAUGAGUAAAGAGAACUGGAUAGAUUAAGAGAACAAGCAAACAGAGUUGAAAUGAUGGGAAAAAAAAUAUGA